GCGCAGGUGGAGCGCAGCGUUGAGUUUCCCAGCAGCUCACAACAAUACUCGGAGAGGCCUCUUGGAAUAACGCACUCCAACUACCAUGACACAAAACAAGGUCAGCUUUGGAAUACACCUGCUUUAAUAACCGAAUGCUUGCUUGAGCUUUUGUAAAACUUUGAAGAUUACUUGGACAAACGUCAGUCGUAGAAAUGAUCAGUUCAGAGGUUUUGCGUCCGACGCCGAACCCUGCGCGUAAAGCGCUCGGGAAGCUCGCCAGCAGGCUGGAGGAGGUGAAGAACCCCUGGAGACAAGGAUCAACGCUCGAGCUCAGCCACAAUGAAACCGCUCGGCUCGCCACCGACGCGCUCCUGGAACACGGAGAGAAGGAGUAUAAAAAGGUCUUGCAUGACGAAAGAGAAGUGAACUUUCUUUCCUCGCUGGAAAUACGCUAUAUCACCGACAAUGUGGCCAAAAGUGGCGUUGAGGAUAGCAGUACUAAUGGAGUGGACGUAGAGGAAGGGGACACGGUGUCCGAGCUCACUUCAGGGACUUAUUUCCCCAUGAUGUCCGACGAGGAGCCGCCACUGUUGGAGCUGGGCUGGCCAGUUAUCGCUAUAGUCAUGGAUAUUUUUACAGACGUCGACUUGUUCUGUGAUCUAAUGGAGGCAUCCAACAAGCGCCGGGUUCCAGUGUAUGUUCUACUGGACGAGAAGAAUCUCAGCUAUUUUUUGAACAUGUGCUCAGAACUGGACGUCCAGAAUUCACACUUGAGUAAUAUGCGGAUAAGAAGUGUGUGUGGAGACACGUAUUGCACCAAAAGUGGGAAAAAAUUCACAGGUCAGGUUCAAGAAAAAUUCAUGAUCAUUGACUGUGAGGAAGUCAUAGCUGGAUCAUAUAGUUUUACAUGGCUUUCAGGCAUGGUUCACAGCAACAUGCUAAUGCACUUCUCCGGCCACGUUACAGACUGCUUUGAUCGCGAGUUCCGCUGCAUGUAUGCAGAUUCCCAAAUAAUAGACCGUUUCUACAAUCCAGAUGAAGAAGGGCUGCCCAGUUACUCUUACCACAUGCCGGUACCAAACUUGGGCUUGGACUUUCUUGCAGACUACGGCAGCAGGGAGCGAGUGUAUUCGGAGCACUCCAGUAGCCAAUCCAGUGGCAGCGUUUCCAGCAUCAAAGCAGCUCCUCCAGGCAUGAGACCUAUUAAAGUCACGUCAGACAAGAAGAACCCCGAAAACUCUCAAAAGCCUCCUGACAGGAAGGGCGUCACGAGUCCAGUGCUUCAGAAGCCCUCAGGAUCUCACAUCAGAAGAGGUUCUCCGAAUGGGAGUCAGGCGGUCGAGCAAACAUCCUUGGGUCAAUCCGCUGGUGUGGAAUGGUCCAAAAUAGGAGCGACGGAUUACCUACGCUCAAACAUUCCCGGACAGACAUCCAAAAUCCAGACUUUAGGUCUCUACAGUUCUCCAAAACCUCCAUCACCAACUCAACAAUCUCCAACCGACAACAAGGUCACCUCCAAAUAUCGACUUCCCACCCCGUUCAUUAGUAAGUUCACUGAUCUGUUCAGCUCAAAAGAAAAGGACUCCCACUUGUUCCAGAAGAUUCCAACUCAUUCCUCUCCGUUUGGAGGGCCAGAUCUUUCUCAGAACGAACCGGAGAGUAAGCAAGGUCCUCCUCCACCAGGACCCAUGCUGUCGGACAGGAUGGGCCCGGAGAAAGGGAUACAUCGGCGGGAUGAGAAACGCAUGACGUUGGGUCACAGCAAGUUAGACCUUGUCAACCAGUACAACAAGUUAAAUCAAUCCAAACAGGUAUACAGUCGCUUUGAGCUAAAGAACAACAUACCUCAGUAAUGCUGGGCCGGACUGAGCAUUCUUUCUGGUACAUAGCUCUUUCUGGACUCUUGUACAUAGCUGUUAUUGUGACUGUGCAAAGGGAUGAUGGUUUUCUUGGAAUGCGAUUGUUGCUCUUUUUUUCUACUCAAGACAAAAAAUCUACCAAGGUUGAGAGGCGAGCAGUGUUUUUUGUGUAUUUGUCUUUGUAAUAAAAUAAAAAAAGCAUUUGUCUUGCUGCCUGCAAGUUCUUUAGGAAAUCAUAUUUACGACAUGUUCAAGUGAUUUUGUUUGAGAUGCAUUUUUUAAAAACGAGAAGCAAUAGUGCUAGUGCAACAGCAUAAAGAGUAAAUUAUUUACUUAUUUACAUUUAAAACGUAUUAAUUAUACAUUUAUGUUAUUCAUAAUAUA